AUGAAAAAUACCUUACUUUGCGGAUUAUUGGUAUUUGGUGUUUUAAAGUGCCUCGUGUUGGUUUCUAAAACCAUACCGAGCCAUAUAAUACAAGAGUCAUCUUGUAUAUUUGUACUGGAUUUAUCCAGAUAUGUACCGUGUAUUCUAGAGCUAGCAAUACUUGUUUCAACAUCGCUAUCAUCGUAUCAACUCGCUUCAGCAAUCAAGGAAUUAGGCGGUUUAUCAUCAACUUUAGACAUUUUUCUAGAAUCUAAGCUUCAUAGUGAUGAAAAGGUUCACGACUCCAUCGUCAACAUACUCAUAUCGCUGUCAACCCUUAUCUCAUGGAUAUUCAUCAAGGCAUACUUGUACAAACAAAAUAAAUAUCACGAUGGCGUCCUAAAGCAUCAGGAAGAGAAUGAUCCCAAGUUGCUGAAGGAAAAAUGCCUUAAAAUAUAG